GCCCCCGCGCGGCGCACUUCGGCGGGGCUUCGGUUCCCGGCGGCCCUCGCGGCAGGUUCCGGGAUAAGGGUAGUUCAUGAUGGCGGGGGCUGGUUCCGCCACUGUGUCCGGGGCAGGGACGCCGGUGGCGGGGCCCGCAGGCCGCGACAUCUUCGCCGAGGGGCUCCUCGAGUUUCUGCGACCGGCUGUGCAGCAGCUCGACUCUCACGUCCACGCCGUCAGAGAGAGCCAGGUAGAGCUGCGGGAACAAAUCGACAACCUGGCUACCGAGCUGUGCCGUAUCAAUGAGGAUCAGAAAGUGGCCCUGGAUCUCGACCCCUAUGUAAAGAAGCUCCUUAACGCCCGGCGACGAGUUGUCUUGGUCAAUAACAUUCUGCAGAACGCCCAGGAGCGGCUGAGGCGGCUAAACCACAGUGUUGCCAAGGAAACAGCCCGAAGGAGGGCAAUGCUGGAUUCAGGAGUUUACCCCCCUGGCUCCCCAAGCAAGUAACAGAAGAUGGGCCUCAGAAUAGCCCAAGUACUAUUCCCACCUGCCUCAUUUCCUUCAGGACACCCUAUUAACCCUGGGACAUCAAGGCAAUCCUAUGGAUUGUUUGAAGCACUUAACAGCUUGUACCCAUUUAUGUGGGGGUCCACGGAAAUCUGUUCAGCAGGACUCGGGAUCCCAAAGGAUUUAUUCCAGUUCUUCCUUCCAAGAAUGAGCUGAGACCUCUACAUUUUUUAAAGGUACAUACUCAAGUUUCACCUCUACUUUCAAAUCUAGUUAACCAGGGAGGGGCUUCUUGUUACAUGGCUGGCAAAGUUGGUAGUUGUUGGGGCUUGGGCAGCACACCCUCUACCUGUGACUUCCCAUUUUCCUGUUUAUGCUUAGGAUUUGGAGAGGGCAGGCAGUCACCCAUCCACCCUGUUGUACAUUUCACUGGCUUGAACACAGUAGUCUUACUGGAACCAUUUAAUUCAAUAAAUGCUUAAACAAUA